AUGGAACCAACGCAGUCUCCUCCAGCGCCAUCUCACGGAUACGUGCUCUGGCAGAAGCAGAAGCUGCGCGAGCGUACGGAUGCUGUGGGGAAGCCACUCGCGCCUCAGUAUGUUGAGAUGGGAGGCUGGAGAUUUGUACGCAUCAAGGAUCUAGCUGUCUUUGACCGAUCGCCAUCCUCAGGCUUCUCUCUACCCGAGAGGCUUAAAGAAGAAGAUGUUGACGACGAGCCUGAGCGAUUGGUAGAGAAAGCCUGGGUCGAGGAAUACAUCUUUACGGGCUCUCGCGAAAGGGACAUAAACGCAUUGCAUGACUAUAUCGAAGCUUGUAACAAAGCCAUCCACGCUCUCGAUCCUGCCAAUCGAGAAGCACGAACACUGGCAAGACUAAAGCUCCGUAUGGACAUGACGAUCCUCAAGGAAUCUUUGAAAGAGGAGCUCGAAGUAUGCCUCGUAGACUACGUAUGUCCAUCCGCUAACAUGAUCCAGGUUCUGACUGAGGAGAAUGUGGGAGAUGACUACCACGGGUUCGACGACGGACUCAUUGACGACUGCGAGUUUGCGCGAUCGCAGAUGCGGCCAAAAGGAUAUCGCUGGUCCUGUCCGGGGUGGUUGUGA